AUGAUUCAACUAAAUCUGAACCUUUCCAAGUAAACGGUAAAUAUAAUUUUAGGGUUACUAUGCUAUCAAGAUUCAAGAUGCCAUUUGAAUUUGUUCUCAUCUUAAUGCAUAUUUUGAAUUUCUCAUUCUGA